AUGGCUCAAAUGACUCUUAGCUUCCUUGCCAUCCUCUUUUUCUCUUACUUUGCAUCAACAAAUCAUGCAUGCCACCAAAUUGAGAAGAGCUCUCUCAUGUCCUUCUUCCUAACUCUCUCUUCUCCUCAUGUAAAUUGGACUUCCAUGACCAAUUGUUGCUAUUGGGAGGGAAUCACUUGCAAUCAAGAUGGUUGGGUUACUCGUUUACACUUACCCUCCAAGGGGCUCAAGGGAGGCAUUCAUCCCUCACUUGGAAAUCUCACACAUCUCACCCACCUAAACCUCUCUCACAAUUCACUUUACUGCCCAACUUCAAACGAAAUUGAAUUCUUCUUUCCCUUGAACUGUCUUGAGAUCCUCGAUUUGAGCUAUAACCUUCUUUCUGGAGAGCUUCCACUUUCUCUACCAUCUAAUAUCCAAAUUGUGGAUUUGUCCACCAAUCACUUUCAUGGAGUGGUUCCAUCUUCAUUCUUCCAACAAGCUAGGAAUUUGACUAGUUUCAAUUUAAGCAACAACACAUUCUCAGGGCCUAUCCCUUCCUUUAUUUGUCUCCGUUCUUCUCCCUUGAUCAAGCUGUUGGAUUUUUCCUACAAUAAAUUCAUUGGCAAUAUUUCUCGCGGAUUAGGGGAGUGUUCCACACUACAAGUUUUUCGUGCCAGCUACAAUAACCUCUCAGGAUUACUUCCAGAAGAUAUCUAUAAUGCUACCACUCUUCAAGAGAUUGUAUUACAUGUGAAUUUGCUUCAUGGAACCAUUAGUGAUAGAAUUGUCAACCUCACCAACCUUGCAAUCCUUAACCUCUACUAUAACCAAUUGAGUGGUUCUUUGCCCCCAACUUUGAUGAAUUGCACAAACCUCAUAGAACUACAUCUUGGAGACAACAACUUGGAAGGAGAUAUCUCGGCACUUAAUUUCUCCAAACUUAGUCAACUUAGUAAGCUUGACCUAUGGAGUAACAACUUCACUGGCACCUUUCCAGUGAGCCUUUACUCAUGCAAGUACCUGAAAGCAAUUCGAUUGAGCUUAAACGAUCUAGAGGGGCAAAUUCAGCCUGAGAUUAUUUCAUUGAAAUCUUUGUCCUUCCUGUCGCUUAGUGGCAACAAAUGGACCAACAUCACAGGGGUAAUGAAGAUAUUGAUGCGUUGUGAAAGCCUCGUAUUCAUAACGUUUUCUUACAGCUUUAUAGAUGAGGAAAUUCCAGCUGAUGAUGGUCUGGUUGGUUUUGAUGGAUUUAAAAAUCUUCGAAUAUUGUCUUUGUGUGGUUGUGAGCUGACUGGUCAAAUACCCGUAUGGUUAUCUAAGCUCAAGAAGCUAGAGAUCUUAAACCUAGAUCUUAAUAGACUCACAGGAUCAAUUCCUAGUUGGUUAGGGACUCUUCCAAGGCUCUUUUAUAUCAACUUAGGCUCCAACUUCAUUUCAGGUGAAUUUCCAAAGCAACUUUGUAGACUAGCAAUGUUGCUAUCUGAACGAUCUGCAGCUCAAGUAGAUCAUAAUUACCUUGAACUGCCUAUCUUCAUCCGAUUGCGUGACAACUUGAAAGCUUUACAGUACAAUUAUUUGUUUUAUUUUCCACCAUCUAUAUACCUAUACAACAAUAGCAUAAGUGGCAAUGUACCUACUGAGAUUGGCCAGCUGCGGCUUCUCCGUAAGUUAGAUCUUAGCUUCAACAACUUCUCUGGCAGAAUCCCAGACCAAAUAUCUAACCUCAAGGACUUGGAUACAUUGGAUCUCUCCAUGAAUCAGUUGACUGGAAAAAUUCCAAAUUCACUCAAGAGUCUUAACUUCUUGUCAUAUUUGAAUGUCUCAUACAAUGAUCUUGAAGGACCCAUACCAACAAGCACUCAGCUGCAAAGUUUCAAUGCCUCUGCAUUUGAGGGGAAUCUGGAACUUUGCGGUGCCCCGCUUCCAAAUGAGUGUGGACUAGUUAAUGGCAGUGAUGCAGAUAACAAGAACAACCAAGAUGUGGACAAUGAGCAUCAAAUUCCAUGGUUUUUUAUUUCCUUUGUGUUUGGAUUUAUUGUAGGAUUUUGGGGAGUAUGUGGUUCUUUAAUUUUAAAGACGGCUUGGCGAUAUAGAUAUUUCCAAUUCCUAGACAAUGUACAAGAUAGGUUCUAUGUGAUGCGAAUAAUGUGCAUGACCAUGAUGAGGAGAAGGCUUAGAACCUAG